AUGGAAAAAGAGAUUGUUAAUGGUUCAACAUCAGUUGAACUUCAAGAAUUAUUUGAUAAAGCUCAUUUGGCUAAAUAUAGAGCUUAUUGUCCUUAUUCACAUUUUCGAGUAGGAGCAGCUUUAUUAACAUCAACUGAAAAAAUAUAUUCUGGAUGUAAUGUUGAAAAUGCAGCAUAUCCAUUAUCAACUUGUGCUGAACGUACAGCAAUUGUUAAAGCUGUGUCUGAAGGUGAAAAAUCUUUUCGAAAAAUUGUAAUUACAUCUGAUGUUGAAUUAGGUUUUACUGGUCCAUGUGGUUCAUGUCGACAAACAUUAGCUGAAUUUGGUCUUGAUUUAGAUGUUUAUCUUAUCAAUACAAAAAAUGAAUCGAAAGUGUAUAAACUUCGAGAUUUAUUACCUAUAGCUUUUACACCUCAUGAUCUUCAAAAACCACGUGCAAAACACGAUGAUAUAGAAUAA